AUGAUCCCGUUACAGCUCAAGCUGAAUAUAGGCAAGACAGUUCGGUUCAAAUGGAAACGGCCAGGAGACAAUUCCCCUAAUACAACUUCGGACAAUUCUUAGUAAUCUGUGGAAACAAUGAGAGUCCAACUCAAGGGAGAUGCUGUCUGCACGCUUUUCCUGGUGGUGGCUCUUUUUACCAUGCUGUAUUCUCAGCUGGGCCACACUUCCCGCAGGGGAAAAAAUGUGGAAGGCCAGAAGAUGUGGAAGGCCCUUCGGGGACAGUCAAGCAUGCAGGCGACUGCAGCAGAACCCAGAAGGAAGUCUACGGUGAAACACAUGAGAGUGAUGAGCCAAGAAGAGGAAGCCACCACCUCUCCACCCAUGACGCCUUCUACGUUUGACUUCAAGGGUUACCUUAGAAACAAAGACAACAGGAAGUUUGACCUUCUCAUUAAUCAGCCAAAGAAAUGCAAGAGAACCCCAGGGGGGCCCUUCCUGCUUAUUGCCAUCAAAUCGUUGGUAGAAGACUUUGACCGCCGGGAAAUAGUACGGAAAACAUGGGGCAAAGAAGGACUAGUAAAUGGGGCACAGGUGCAAAGAAUAUUCCUUCUGGGAACCCCAAAGAACAAGACAGUGUUGCCCAUGUGGGAGUCCCUUAUUCAUCAGGAAAGCCAGAUGUAUCGGGACAUCCUCUUGUGGGACUUCCUUGAUACGUUCUUCAACCUGACCUUGAAAGAGAUACAUUUUCUAAGCUGGGCUGAUGAAUUCUGCUCCAGUACCAAGUUCAUUUUCAAAGGUGAUGCAGAUGUUUUUGUCAACGUGGAAAACAUUGUCAACUUCCUGAACAGCUAUGAUCCUUCAGAGGACCUCUUUGUGGGAGACAUUAUCUACAACGCCCAGCCAAUCCGAACCCGCAAGAGCAAGUACUACAUCCCAGAGACAAUGUACGGGCUGGGCAUGUACCCAACGUACGCCGGAGGCGGCGGCUUCUUAUUUUCGAGCAGUACCAUGAAGAAACUCUCUCAGGCAUGCAAACAGGUGGAACUCUUCCCCAUUGAUGAUGUUUUUCUAGGCAUGUGCCUGCAAAGAAUCAACCUGAAGCCCAUUUUACACGAAGGGUUCAAGACUUUUGGAAUAACUAAGCCUUCAGCAGCCCCAAACCUACAGACUUUUGAUCCCUGUUUUUAUAAAGACCUCAUGAUAGUCCACAGUCUGAAGGUCUCUGAAAUCUGGCUCAUGUGGAACCUGCUGCACAGUCCACGGCUCUUGUGCACCCAAAAGAAGCAAGUGAAGAAGGCUUUCAAGUGGAAAAUGGUCUCGAAAGAAGCCACGAAGGGUCAUGGUGCCUAGGGGUGGGUUUCCACCUGCAUGUCCAUUCAGCAAUAAUUUGCACAGGUGCA